AUGAAAAGUAAACAUCUUCACCAAGUAGUUUCUCGUAAAUAUGAAAGUGGUGACAGUCCUACCGAAAUCUUCCGUGAUUUAAAUGCCAUUAAAANAAGUGGUGACAAUCCUACCGAAAUCUUCCGUGAUUUAAAUGGUUCGUUAGGAUUAAUCACCAUAAAAAGAUGGUGUAAGAUGAUCCAUGAGACCGGUUCCAUCCAGCCAUUAAAACCACCUGGUCGUCCACGUUUUGCUUGA